GAGAUGACAAGAUCAGUUUCGUGAUGUACUACCUGACUCACUUUGUCUCCUACGUCUGGACCCUCAUGGGGUGGCACAACACAGAAGCAGCCCUACACUCCCCUACACUCACACUGCUGGAGGAGACUGCAGACCUGCAGCAUGAUUCUUACCAACCAGUAGAUGAUGUCCUGCAUAGAGUCAAAGACCAACACAAAACUAGCAUGAAGAACAAGUAUAAAAGCUUAUCUGAAGAAAUAAAACUAGAAGAGAAUCAAACCCUCCUGGACAGUAUCUACACACAGCUCUACAUCAUAGAGGGAGAGAGUAAAGUAGUAAAUAAAGAACAUGAUUCACAGAUAGAGAAAACAGCCAGAACACAAGACACUCCAAUCUACUGCAAUGACAUCUUUAAACCCUUACAUGAACCAGGAUCUGAGGAGAAAGACAAAAUCAAGACUGUUCUUACUAAAGGCAUCGCUGGAAUUGGAAAAACUGUCUCUGUGCAAAAAUUCAUUCUGGACUGGACCGAGGGAAAAGCCAAUCAGGAUAUAGAUUUCAUGUUUGUGCUUUCAUUUCGAGAGCUGAACUUGAUUAAAGAUCACCACUACAGUCUUCACAGACUUCUGCUGGACUUUCAUCCUCAACUUCAAGAUCUGGACUCAAAGAUUUAUGAGGAUUGUAAAAUUGUGUUAAUCCUUGAUGGUCUAGAUGAAAGCAGAAUUACACUGUUUUCAAUUUCAGACCGACAAGUUUGUGAUAUGAAUGAGUCUGCAUCCGUAGGUGUGUUGAUAUCAAACCUCAUCAAAGGAGAGCUGCUUCCCUCUGCUCUCAUCUGGAUCACCUCCAGACCAGCAGUAGAAAAUCAGAUACCCUCAAAAUACAUCAACCGUGUGACAGAAAUUCAGGGAUUCAAUGAGCCUCAGAAGGAGGAAUAUUUCAGAAAGAAAAUCAGUGAUGAGCAUCAAGCUAGCAGAAUCAUCUCACACAUUAGAAGAUCAAAAAGUCUCCACAUCAUGUGUCACAUACCCGUCUUCUGCUCGAUCUCAGCCACUGUGCUACAAAACCUCCUGAAACAAGAUGACAGUGCAGAAAUCCCUGCAGAAACUCUGACUGAAAUGUACAUCCACUUCCUGCUUACACAGAUCAACAUGAGGAAUCAGAAGUAUGAUGAGAGAGAUCCAGAGAAACUCCUAAAUUCCAGAGAUGUGAUUGUGAAACUUGCUGAACUAGCUUUCAAACAACUGAUGAAGGGAAAUGUGAUAUUCUAUGAGGAGGACCUGAGAGAGAGCGGCAUAGACGUCAAUGAUGCCUCAGUGUAUUCUGGGAUGUUUAAGGAGGAAUCUGGGAUUCAUCAGAGGAAAAUCUACUGCUUCAUACAUCUGAGCUUUCAAGAGUUUCUAGCUGCUUUCUUUGUAUUUUACUUGAAUGUAGUCAAGACAACAACAUCACUGAAUUCGUUCUUGGAUGGAUAUAACUGGAACAUCUUGGAAAGCAAUCUUCUGCAAGAGCUACUAAAAGCGGCAGUUAAUAAAUCCUUACAGAGUAGAAAUGAACAUCUGAAUCUUUUCCUGCGGUUCAUACUAGGCAUCUCAUUGGAGUCCAAUCAGAGACUCUUACAGGAUCUACUGACACACACAGUGAACAGCUCAAAGACCAUCAAAAUAGUCACACAACACAUUAAAGACAAAAUCAAUGGUGAUCUCUCAGCUGACAGAUGCAUCAGUUUGUUACUCUUUCUACUGGAAAUGAAGGAUCAGACUCUGUACAGAGAGAUUCAGGAGUUUGUGAAAUCAGAGAAUCACAAACUUUCUCCUUCUCACUGCUCAACAUUAGCCUACAUGCUUCAGAUAUCAGAGGUACUGGAUGAGUUUGAUCUGAAGAAAUACAACACAUCAGAUGAGGGUAGAAAGAGACUGAUACCAGCUGUGCUGAACUGCAGAAAAGCUCUACUUGCUGACUGUAAUCUCACUGAUCAGUGCUGUGAAAGUUUGUCUUCAUGUCUAAAAUCUUCAAAUUCCUCACUGAGAGAGCUCGACCUGAGUCACAAUGACCUGGAGGAUCCAGGUGUGAAGCUUCUGUUUGAUGGACUGAAGAGUUCACACUGUCAACUCAACAUUCUGAGACUUGCUGACUGUAAUCUCACUGAUCAGUGCUGUGAAAGUUUGUCUUCAUGUCUACAAUCAUCAAACUCCUCACUGAGAGAACUGGACCUGAGUCACAAUGACCUGUGGGAUUCAGGAGUUAAGCUGCUCUCUCUUGGAAUAAAGAGUCCACACUGUCAACUCAACAUAUUGAAAUUAUCUCGCUGUAUGGUCACAGAAGAAGGCUGUUGGUAUCUGGCUUCAGCUCUGAGUUCAAACCCCUCACACCUGAGAGAGCUGGAUCUGAGCUACAAUCAUCCAGGAGAAUCAUUAGUCAACCUGCUCUCUGAUCCAAACUACAGACUGGAUAAACUCAAUGUGGAUCAUGGAGGACAGUUCAGGAUUACAACAGGACCACAGAAAUAUGCAUGUAAUCUCACACUGGAUUUAAACACAGCAAACACUAGUCUCACCCUGUCUGAGAGGAACAGAAAGAUGACGCUUGUGACAGAGAACCAGUCGUAUUCUGAUCAUCCAGAGAGAUUUGAUGAAUGGUGUCAGGUUCUGUGUAAAGAGAGACUGACUGGACGCUGUUAUUGGGAGGCUGAAUGGAGUGAGAGAGCUGAUCUAUCAGUGACAUAUAAAGGAAUCAGAAGGAAAGGAUGGAGUACUGACAGUUUGUUUGGAUACAAUGAAAAGUCUUGGAGUCUCAACUGUUUUAAAAACAAAUUCAUUGCCAGACACAAUAAUGAGAGAGAAGUUAUACCUGCCCCUUCAUUCUCUACUUCAUUCUCUAACAGAGUAGGAGUGUAUCUGGACUGGUCUGCCGGCACUCUGUCCUUCUACAGCGUCUCUGACACACACACACUUACACACUUACACACAUACAGAACCACAUUCACUGAACCACUCUAUGCUGGAUUUGGGGUUUAUUAUAAUAGUUCAAUAUAUCUGCAAGAUUAAACGGCUUCCUGUGAGAAACAGCUGAGACAAACAUGCAGUUGAGAGAACGAAAUACACUCAAAUGAUCUUUUUCUUUAACUCACAUGAGUUUUAAUGAGAGAUGCAGUUUGUGGCUAAUUUCUUAUUCCUGCUUUUAACAUUUAUUUCACACUGAUUUCACACUGGCAAUGUUUACUUUCUCUUAAUUAUUACUUGAUUAAAACAUUAAAAGAUAGAGAGACAAUAUUACAUAGAUGAAUUAUAAAAUAAAAUGAAAUUAUAUGGAUAAGGUAAAAUACAUAUUUUUUUUAGGCAAGAACACACCUUAAUGUGUUUUACUAACAGCCAAGUGUUUUACUAACUUUACUAACUCGCUACACUGUAAGGAAGAAGUGAUAAUUUGGUGGAUGGUUUAAAAAUAUUCGCUAAUCACCUGUAGUGUAUUCAUAACGGGUGCCUGAUGGCACUAUGCAUCCAUUGUCA